AUGAAUUCAAUUCCUCAAGGAGUGGAGAGAUUAACCGGUCUUUGGAUUUUGAGCGGUUUAAUUGUGGGAAGAGGAUCGGGGAAGUUGGGAUAUUUGAGAAAACUAAACCAACUUGGAGGAUCUCUAGAACUUUUUCUAGGAGACUUGACUGAGUUAGAAGACUUGGUUGACGCUGAGAAUGCAGAAUUGAAAAAUAAGAAAUACAUUCAAGUGUUGAGCUUCUUUUUUGCUGGGGAGGUGAUGGUGGACAUAAUGGAGGCUCUUCAACCACCUCCAAACCUGCAUCAUUUAGGAAUGUGUGGAUACGAGGGCACCCAAUUGCCAGUAUGGAUCACCACGUCCCUUAACUAUUUAAGGGUGCUUAAUUUAUCACUGUUUGAGAACUACUCAUCUUUGCCCCCGUUGGGAAAACUGCCGAUGCUUGAGGAGCUUAAGAUAUUAUGGAUGCAUAGCAUGAAAUACGUGGGCAAUGAAUUCUUGGGAAUAAUGGAACCGAAUGCGGGACCUGCAUUCCCCAAGUUGAGGAAAUUGCGUUUUAGUGGUUGUUCCAACUGGGAAGAGUGGGAGGAUAUAACUGGGGAUGAAAAAGACCAUCUCUUAAUAAUGCCAUGUCUCAGGGAGUUAGAAAUCGUUUAUUGCAACAAGUUAAAGGCAUUGCCACAUUGCCUCCUCCGUAUGGCAUCGUCUCUGGAGUAUUUGACUGUCAAGUCCUCCUUAGGUCUAGCUUCGCUUUACGGGGACAGGACUGGAGACGAAUGGGACAAGAUAUCUCACAUUCCCCACAUUAAGGUAGAGAAUUGUAGCGGAGAUGCUUUUGGCGGAAAUGCUUCGCAAAUAGCGAAGAUGCUUUUGGCGGAUCUUUGUGUUGAAAAACUAUUUCGUAGGAGUUGUAGUUAUUGA